AUGCCGUCAGGUUUAGGAGUACAUUUCGUGCUAAGAUUACUUGUUUGGCAACCAAGAUUUAUUCUCAGGUCAUGCUCCUUCCUUACAGGUUGUUCUGAAAUGGCCGGCGGCAUCACUUGUGGAUCCUUGCUGCAGAAAUUACAGCUUGUAUGGGAUGAAGUUGGUGAGAGCGACGAGGACCGUGACAAGGUCCUGUACCAGCUGGACCAGGAGUGCCUGGAUGUCUACAAGAGGAAAGUUGACCAGGCCACCAACUCUAGGGAUCUCCUUAUCCAGGCGCUGGAUGACUCGAAGAUCGAGCUUGCCAGACUUCUUUCUGCCCUUGGGGAAAAAGCUGUUGCGAGAACUCCUGAGAAGACAUCAGGGACAAUCAAGCAACAGUUAGCUGCUAUCGCUCCAACACUUGAGCAGUUGAAUAAGAAGAAGAAUGAGAGAAAGAGGGAAUUUGUUAGUGUACAGUCACAAAUUGAUCAAAUAUGUGGUGAGAUUGCUGGCACCACAGAGGUCGGUGAGCAGGUGGCUACACCACAGGUCAACGAGGAUGAUUUGACACUUGAGAGGCUUGAAGAUUUUCGCUCCCAACUCCAGGAGCUUGAGAAAGAGAAGAGCAAUAGGUUGGAGAAGGUUCUUGACUAUGUAAGCAUGGUACAUGAUCUAUGUACCGUCUUGGGCAUGGAUUUUCUCAGCACCGUGACUGAAGUUCAUCCCAGUCUAGAUGACUCCAUUGCUGAUAACUGCAAGAGCAUCAGCGAUGAUACAUUAUCAAAACUUGACAAGACAGUAGCCACACUUCAUGAAGAUAAAAAGUUGAGGCUAAGCAAGCUUCAAGAGCUUGCUGGUCAACUGUAUGAUCUUUGGGAUCUCAUGGAUGCUCCCACACAAGAAAGGAGCAUGUUUGAUCAUGUUACCUGCAACAGAUCAGCAUCUGUAGAUGAAGUCACUGCUCCUGGAGCACUUGCACUUGAUUUAAUUGAACAGGCUGAGACAGAGGUUCAAAGGCUAGACCAGCUAAAAUACAGUAAGAUGAAAGAAAUCGCUUUCAAGAAGCAAACUGAGUUGGAAGACAUCUAUGCCGGUGCUCACACAGUAAUAGACACCGCAGCUGCCCAUAUGAAAUUGUUGGCACUGAUUGAGGCAGGGAACAUAGAACCAACAGAACUAAUUGCAGAUAUGGAAGGUCAGAUAGCAAAAGCAAAGGAAGAAGCAUUGAGCAGAAAGGAUAUAUUAGAUAAAGUUGAAAAAUGGAUGUCUGCGUGUGAAGAAGAAAGUUGGCUUGAAGAUUAUAACAGGGAUGACAACAGAUAUAACUCCAGCCGAGGUGCCCAUCUGAAUCUCAAACGUGCAGAAAAAGCUCGUAUUCUUGUCAGCAAGAUUCCAGCGCUUGUUGAAACUCUGGUGGCCAAGACUAGGGCAUGGGAAGAGAGUCGUGGUCUGUCCUUUAUGUAUGACGGUGUACCGCUUCUAGCUAUGUUGGACGAGUAUGUUAUGCUAAGGGAGGAAAGAGAAGAAGACAAGAAAAGAAUGAAGGAACAAAAGCGCUAUGUCGAGCAGAAACUGAACACUGACCACGAAGGGCCGUUUGGAUCGCGAGUCAGCCCCAACAGGCCGGCUACGGCAAAGAAGUUACCCGGCCCAAAGUCCAACGGCACCUCCAUGAAUGGCACUCCUCCGAGCAGAAGACUAUCGAUCAGUGGUCAGCAGAAUGGAAGGUCUGGGGGGAAGGACAGCAAGAGAGACAGCGCGACGAAGGCCGCCUCGUCUCCGGGGAACGGAGCCGCCGCCGCAGCUGCCAAGGAAGACGCAUCCUCCCACAUUUCCGGCACCGAUAUGGCUCCGACCACGCCGUGA